AUGUACAUACACAGAAAUACGCACACACAGACACAUGUACAUACAUACAGAGACACAUGUACACACAGACACAUGUACGUACAUACACACAAACACACACACAUGUACAUACACACACAGACAAAUGUACACACACACACACAUACAUGUACAUACACGCAGACACAUGUACAGAUACACACAUGUACAUACAUACAGACACAUGUACAUGCAUACACAGACACACACAAACACACACACCUAUAAAAAGUUGCAGUACUUCGUUGUUCACUCACAAAGCCAGGUACUGCACUCUAGGGGGAGGCAGAGAGCACAGCACACACUCCUUCCUUUGCUUUCACUGCGCUCAGCUAUUGAGCAGUUUGACGGCUCCCAGUGCCAAUGACAGAUCCGGCCUGAGCUCCGAGCCUGCUCAGCAAGACUGCCCUGGGGGACACACUCGCCCCCACCAUAAUUUCCAUUCGCCAUUGACGAGCAGGCAAGUGGAAAUGUCAAGGCCUGAUGUA